AUGGCAAGUCCUAGUAUUGAUGAUUUAUCAUUGCAAGAGGAGGAUGAUGAAGGAGGGUUUUGUUUCGAUGUGGAGGAAGAAGGUUCAGAGGCGGGUGAUCUACGGUUAUGUCUUGUUGGAAGAUUCCUAUGCGAUAAACCAAUCCAUGUCAUGUCCAUGAAGAAGAGAGUGGCGGAUAUGUGGCGUCCGGUCAAGGGUGUUAUUAUCAAGCAAGCUUUGGAGGGGUUGUUUCUGUUUCAAUUUUCUCAUAAACUUGAUAUGGAGGCUGCGCUAAAAGGAGGGUCGUGGACGUUCGGGAGCCACCUGCUGAUCAUUGAUAGAGUCCAAAUCGGGAUCCAACUUGAACACAUCCCGAUUUUCCAUGUUGAGUUCUGGGUUCAGAUCCAUAAUCUCCCUGCAGGCUUUAUGUUGGAGAAAGUCGGCAAAACAAUGGCUAAUUAUAUUGGCACAUUUGUGGAAUACGAUAAGAACAACAAUUCUAGUUUCUGGAGGCAGUAUAUGCGACUGAGAGUGAAAGUGGAUGUCCGACAACCAUUAAAGAAAAAUACAAGAGUCAAGAACAAAGGGGGAGAUUGGUGCACAGUUAAUUUUAAAUAUGAGAAUUUGGGACUUUUAUGCUUUGUAUGUGGCUUACUAGGUCAUUCGGAACAGAAGUGCGAAAUUCGGUUCGAGAUGGAAGAAGACAAUGGCUUGAGAGGAUGGACCAAUGAUCUUAGGGUGGAUAAUAGGAGAGUUUAUAAUGCUUCAAAUUCAAAAUGGUUAAAAGAGGAAGGUGCUGGUAGUGAGUCAACAAAGAAGAUGGCUGAGGAACAAGGAGCGCGUGCACAUCACGAACAUGCAGAUGGUUUGGCCAGUACUGGUUCGCCUGCUGGGACCCACCAAGAUCUGACCAUUAUGGGGGAAAUUAUUGCAGGGAGCAGUGCCAAUCAUGGGAAUUUAAUGCGCUGCCAGACAUCGUUUCAAGGCAUUAAAUCACCUGAAGCAUUACUCAAUAAUAUGCUGUCGGUCCCACCUGCCAUAAUGGGAGACAACCAGACAACCAAAUCAUUGGCUCUUAAUGGAGCUGUCCCCCCACUUCCCAAACAAAUAGCGCCUGAUUUCCUACCCCAUAUUAACACGUUUCAAACAGAUAACCCCACCGGCCCACCUUCUUUAAUCCAACCAAUUAAAAACCCACAAAUGCCCAACAUGUUUAAUUCCUUUACCCUUCAACAAGACAACCUCGUUUUUUCUCAAUCUUCCCAAGUUAAUAUGCCAAAAAAUAAUAGUUUACUCCCCAUGCAAAAAAACACUACUUUAAACACCAGACCUCACAAAUUCAAACCAAAAUCUACCAUAUCCAAACAUAUUAGCAGCAACCAAACAGCCCAACACAGUCCCCACAUUCCUAGGCAAAUGAACUUUGUUCUGCAAACAGCCAGUGUUGAAGUUACCGACAGCGAAGAUGGUGAGGUCCAACUUGAACGUAAAAGACGCAGAGAACAAGUUUCAACGGUUGCAACGAGUUCAACAGUGACUGUAGAAGCAUCCCAGACUUUUUUAUCGGCAGAAACUUUGUCGAAGAAGCAAAAGCUUGAGAGUAUCCGAGUUUUGUUGAAGUUUGAUUCUUGUUUGUCGGUCGAUGUUGUUGGUAGAAGCGGUGGCUUAGCGGUUCUGUGGAAGGAGUCUGCUAACUGUAGAAUUCUGAAUUACUCUAGGAAUUAUGUGAAUUUGUUAGUCGAAGACGAGGUGAAGGGGGCGUGGCGUCUUACGUGUUAUUACGGAUAUCCGGAGAGAAGUCGUAGAAGAGAGGCGUGGGACAUGCUUCGUGAUCUUAGGGAGUUGUCUAGUGUGCCUUGGUGUGUCAUUGGAGAUUUUAACGAUUUACUCUCGCAACGUGAUAAAGUCGGACUUCAUCAACAUCCAAACUGGUUGUGUGCCGGUUUUCGGGAGGCGGUAACAGAUUGUAGUUUAUUGGAUCUCCCAUUGGAAGGCCAUCCUUUCACAUGGAUUAAAAGUAGAGACCACAGUCCUAUUCUGCUGCAUUGCGACCCGUCUCAACGUAUCCUCCGCAACAAGUAUCGUUUCCGCUUUGAGAAUGAAUGGUUAAAAGAUGAAGAGUUAAGUGAUGUUGUGAACCAAAGUUGGAAUGCUGUAGAUAAUGGGGAGGUGUUGUAUCGAAUCAGUAACUGUGCCAAGGAACUUUCUACUUGGAAUAAAGCAAAAUACAAGCAAAAGAGCCAUAAUCUUUCGUUGUAUAUGGCAGCCAUGGAAGCGGCAAGAUUAGCUAAUGAUGAGGGAGCAUCCAGUAGGUUCUUUGAGGCGCAGAAGGAGUACAACAAAAUUCUGAUUCGGGAGGAAAUUUUUUGGAAACAAAGAGCUAAAAUGCAUUGGUUACGGCAUGGCGAUUCGAACUCUAAAUUUUUCCAUAAGUCGGCAACACUAAGAAAGAAUUUUAAGAAAAUAGACAUGCUUGUUGAUGACACAGGGGCGGUAGCUAGAGAUCAAGAGGGGUUAUGCCGAAUCGCAAUUUCGUAUUUUAAAGAUCUAUUUGAGGCUAAGCAAGGAGAGUAUGAUCCUGUUUUGAGCUGCAUUCAACCGAUAGUAACACAAGAGGAUAAUUGUAGGCUUCUUUCCCAAAUUACCAAAGCUGAAUUGUAUGAGGCCUUGAUUCAAAUGCAUCCGGAUAAGUCCCCGGGUCCGGACGGGUUCAACCCGGCUUUUUACCAGCAUUUUUGGAGUUUGUGUAGUGAUGACAUUUUCCAGGCUGCCUCUUUGUGGUUGUCUAGAGGCUAUUUUCCGGUGGAGCUGAAUGAGACUAACAUUUGUCUUAUUCCAAAAUGUGCCAAACCAAAAGAUAUGAAGGAGCUGCGCCCAAUCUCUCUUUGUAAUGUUGUCUACAAGCUUAUUGCUAAACUGCUAGCUAAUCGCUUGAAAGUGGUCUUGGAUAAAUGUGUUUCAGAGGAGCAGUCGGCUUUUGUUGAAGGGAGAUCCAUUCUUGAUAAUGCUAUGGUAGCUACGGAAAUUAUUCAUGCUUUGAAAAGGAAGGCAAGUGGUAACAGGGCUAAUCUGGCGUUGAAGAUAGACAUUAGUAAAGCCUAUGACAAAGUAGAUUGGGGAUUUCUUAGGGGUAUCUUACUUCGGCUAGGUUUUGACGAGAGAUGGACCCAUUGGUUGAUGAUGUGUGUAACUUCGGUGCAUUAUUCUGUUCUAGUUAAUUCCGAUAGAGUCGGACCCAUUUUUCCAGGAAGAGGACUGAGACAGGGAGAUCCUUUGUCACCUUAUUUGUUCAUCCUUGUGGCAACUAUAGCGGAGGUGUCUAAUCUUAUGGUAAUCCUUAAUACUUAUGCUGAGGCGACAGGGCAAGUGAUCAACCUAGCUAAAUCCGAAGUAUUUUUCAGCCGUAAUUUGAGUGUGUCGGCUCAAGAGGAUUUAGCCAAUGUGAUGGGGGUGAGACGUGUUUUGGGGACAGGGACCUAUUUGGGUCUACCUUCUAUGAUUGGUAGAAGCAAGAAGGCGGUGUUCUCGUUUAUUAAGGAUCGCAUAUGGAAACGAAUUAACUCUUGGAGUGGUAGAUAUUUGUCUAAAGCGGGGAAAGAGGUUAUGAUUAAAUCGGUGCUUCAGUCGAUUCCCUCCUAUAUUAUGAGUGUCUAUUUGAUUCCGGAUGGGGUGGUGAACGAUAUUGAGAAAAUGAUCAACUCUUUUUGGUGGGGGGGGGGUAGUCAAAAUAAUAAAGGCAUAAGGUGGUUGGCAUGGGAUAGGAUGACUAUGCAGAAGAGUGAAGGAGGUAUGGGCUUUAGGGAUUUCAAAGCUUUCAAUAUGGCCAUGGUAGCAAAACAAGGAUGGUAUAUUAUGGCGAACCCGACUUCGCUUGUGGCUAGAAUCUUCAAAGCUAAGUACUUUCCUAACUCCUCCUUCUUUGAUUCUAAGAUUGGUAAUAAUCCGAGUUUUGUGUGGCGUAGUUUAUGGAAAGCCAAGGCUGUUCUUCAACUUGGUAGUAGAUGA